CCAGGCCGCGGCUCCGGCGCAGACUCUGGCAGCGUGCGCGGCGCGCGGCUGUCGCACGGGCUGAGCCUGACGCCGGCGUGGCCCGAGGGGGCGCUGGAGUUCACCAACGCGGUGAACGGCUUCAGCGGGGUCCUGGACCACGUGUUCGUGGACGACAGGGCGCUGACGGUGUGGAGCCGGAUACCUGGCGUACCGCUAGCGGAAGUCAGAGGGCAUUAUGGCGGCCUUCCCAACGAGGUGUAUGGGUCGGACCACUUGGCGAUGGCAUGUGAUGUGGAGUGGCGCCGACAUCUCCCUUUUGUCCUUCACUUCCCUCGUCCGUCAUCUCAGAUGCCAUCUCUGACCACAUCUCUGCGCCUCUGUCCCCGCACUUGUGCAUGCACUGCAGUUCUUCGCAGACGUCAUGCGUGAUGCCCUGCCAGCGCCUCACACGCUUGUAUGCCACGUGAUCGCUGUUCGGACGGCGGUUGCCGCACGGGCCCCGCCCCGCGAUCGGAGCCUUCGCGCUGAGCCGACGGACUGCGGGCACCCCACACACGCCGGUCGUGCAUGCCAACGUUCGGGAACAGCGUCCGAUCUGGACGCCCGAAAUGGGUACGGCAAGAAUGGGAACGAUGCCCAACAGCAG